AUGGCUCUCACGACGCACCCGCCGCUCCGGCUCCACGCGCGGCCUCCCGCCCUCGCCGCCGCCUUCCACCGCGGCCUCCCGCCGCGCCGAGCCCGCCUCCGCCUCUGCCGCUGCGCCGCCGACGCGGGGAAGGCGCAGGAGCAGGCGAGGAGGGCGUACCCGUACGACGAGAUCGAGCCGAGGUGGCAGGCGCACUGGGAGGAACGCCGCACGUUCCGCACCCCGGACAUUGGCGACGGCCUCGACACCUCCAGGCCCAAGUGCUACAUCCUCGACAUGUUCCCCUAUCCGAGUGGGGCUGGAUUGCAUGUCGGACACCCCCUCGGGUACACGGCGACCGACAUUUUGUCGAGAUUCAAGCGUAUGCAAGGCUUCAAUGUGUUGCAUCCGAUGGGAUGGGAUGCGUUUGGUCUUCCUGCCGAGCAGUAUGCUAUCCAGACGGGAACUCACCCCAAGAUUACAACGGCACGGAACAUUGACCGCUUCCGCACACAGGUAAUACUGUAGUGCACUUCGUUCUACAUUGUAUCUUUUGCUCCUUACGUAUGGUAGA